CCCCGGCGUGGAGCCGGCCGAAAGGCGGCGGCGAUCCCGGGCCGUGGGCUCUUCCGCCCCGGCUGCUCGAGGCUGCCCCUGGGGCCCGGCCAAGCCGGGGGCCGCAGGAUCCGCCGGGAGCUGAAGGCCUCGGGCUGCCCGCCGGGAGUCCCGGGUGAAGUCCGGCCCUUGAGGGCCGUGAGACCUUGAGCAAGUCAGCCUCGCGCUAGCCCGGGUUUCCACACCUGUGCUGAGUGUCUGGACUAGGUGAUCCCUGAGGACCUUCCACCCCUGACGUGCGUGAUCUCGACAGAAACCUGCAUAACCUGCGUACUUUGGAAGCUGCCAGAGGGGAAGCUUAGCUUGAAGUCCAUGGCCCAAAAUGACUCUACCACUGGAGAGUCUCUUCAGUAAAGAAGACAACCAGACAGGAGGCUGGGAUGAGCAUGCCACUGCAUCAGAUCUCUGCUAUUCCAACCCAGGAUGCUACCUCUGCUAGAAUCUACAGAAGUAAGACCAAAGAAAAGGAGAGGGAAGAGCAGAAUGAGAAGACUUUGGGACAUUCCAUGAGUCAUUCAAGUAACAUUUCUAAGGCUGGGGGUUCUUCAUUGGCGUCGGCUCCGGCAUCCGCCUUCUCUCGCGCUUCUGUCACGCCAUCCAAUCAGGACAUCUGCAGUGCCAGUACGGUGUGUUCUGAGUGUUGUCACCAAAGUCCCGUGCAGUCUGCUGUUGUCUUGAAAGCUCCUCAGUGCCAGAGUUCUCUGACACAAGGGCUCACUGUGACAGUUAUCUGUAAAGACACAUUGUCCAAGAGAAAUUCCCGAGGUUCAGAACGGGCCCCAGCCUUGAAGUCUGCUGACAGCACCAAAGCCAGAAGAACACUAAAGUGCUCGAAAUCCCUAAACGAUGUGGGUGAGAAGGCCCAGGAUACUGUGGGAAGUUUUGACUAUGUGGAAAGAACUUGGUCCGAAGGGAAACUGAUACUUCCUCAAGAUCCAGGUCUAAGAGUUAACAGGUUCCAUCAGAAGGAAAAAAGAGAACUGCAUUGCAAAACUCUUGGCAGUUCCAAACAGUCUUGUGUUUCAUUCCUUUCUGCCAAUUGUUCAACUGCCUCAGAGAUGGAAGCUGGCAAGGGGGGCACGCACAUCCCUCUUUUGGAAGAGAAAACAGAUGGUGAAACCAUGUCUAGGAGCCGGCGCCUGCUCCAGUGCCUGUUCUUGCUCUCGCGCGGCUCCAGCGCCAGUGGCCCACAUGGGCUCCCCGAGCUGGAGAGCUGUGCCACCCACCUGCACACCGCUGAGUCCUCCAGUGGGCUGGCAGGGAGCACAGGCUUCUGCUCUGAUGAGAUGGGAGAUGAUGAUGUCUUUGAGGAGAGCACAUCUGCAAAGUGGAGGAGCAAGGUCCUGCGGGCACCCCUCUGCUCAGUAGAGAAGGACAGUGACCUGGAUUGUCCUUCUCCCCCCUCUGAAAAAUGCCCCCCUGUCUCUCCUGUGUCCACGUCAGGGGAUGCCUGCAGGAUCUGCCACUGUGAAGGGGAUGAAGAGAGCCCCUUGAUCACCCCCUGCCGCUGCACAGGGAGCCUCCACUUUGUGCACCAGACCUGCCUGCAGCAGUGGAUCAAGAGCUCUGACACACGCUGCUGUGAGCUCUGCAAGUACGAGUUCAUCAUGGAGAUCAAGCUGAAGCCUUUGAGAAAAUGGGAGAAGUUGCAGAUGACGGCUAGUGAGCGCAGGAAGAUAAUGUGCUCAGUGACAUUCCAUGUCAUCGCCAUCACCUGUGUGGUCUGGUCCUUGUAUGUGCUCAUUGACCGAACCACUGAGGAGAUCAAACAUGGACAGGCAACAGGAAUCCUAGAGUGGCCCUUUUGGACUAAACUGGUGGUUGUGGCCAUUGGCUUUACUGGCGGACUUCUUUUUAUGUACGUUCAGUGCAAAGUGUACAUACAAUUAUGGAAGAGACUCAAGGCUUAUAACAGAGUAAUCUAUGUUCAGAACUGUCCAGAAACAAGCAAAAAGAGUAUUUUUGAAAACUCUGCACUAACAGAACCCAACUUUGAAAAUAAAGAUGGACAUGGAAUCUGCCAUUCCGACACAAACUCUUCUUGUUGGACAGAACCUGAAGACACUGGAACAGAAAUCGUUCAUGUCUGAUUUUGUGGAGAGUGUCGUUUUCCUGGACAUCAAAGAAAAGCUGAAGGAAAUUGUUUACUGCCAAUUGUGUACCUUUUCUUAUGUACUUUAAUAGCAUAGACUGGGCAGGUGACUGUUUUAAUGGCUUCUCUUUUUCUAAACCCUCCUUAGUGAAUCUCCUGGAAAGCCCUCACAUUGGCUGUACAUGGCUGGGUUCCACUUCUGCCAGCAUUUCCAUGGGAAGGGAAGUCUCCAUGACACCAUGAUGGGUUGCUGGCUGGGUUCUGGCCCAUGAAACCUUGAGCAGAACGAAAGAAUAAAAUGCCAAACCUGAGGGAAGAGCAGGAGCAGGGUGGCACCCAGGCUUCAAUGGCCGGUCUCUCCUAGUUGGCAGCAGUCCUCAUCCUGGAGCUAAGUGUUUGGGAAUGUCUAGCCAUGAUGAGAGGAUUUCUGUCCUUACUGAGAAUAGCCUGGAGAGAUGAGCUCCCUGCCGAUGCCGCCAUAGACAGUUCUCCUGAGCAGACAAGGCUGUGGUGCUCUGUGUGUGGUGGUGAGUGAUUCACUAAGCAAACAGCACUUUACAAAAAGAAAAUCUUUAUUUUGUAAUAUGUGUGUCCAGUAGGAUUGACAUUUAAAAGAAUGUCUCAUUUAGAAGCCUUUCUUUCAUUAUCUCUUUUACAUUACAAUAGAUCUAAAACCCUUUUUGCCUUAUAUAUUCUAAGAAACCUGACAUUUACUCUGUGUCCAUAAAAAAGGACUCUUGGCUGUAAAGCAGGACAAACAGGUGUAAGGCUUUUUCCUAACACUUCAUGGGAAUCAGUGGAUGCCAGAUGGUAAUUUGAGUAUAAUGCCUGUGGUUUCAAGCCUAUUUUAUGACAAGUCUUUAUGUCAUGGGUCUGCCCCAAACAUUUCUUUUUGGUCAACACUGAAAAAGAAGAUUUUGUAAGAUCUAAAUGAAAGGAAGGAAGUGAGUAAUUAGAACAAAACUGAAUAUUUAAAACUGAUUUCUUUAUGGACAAACCUCUCCAGUGUGUGCUGGCUUCCUCAAAAGAGUAAGCAUGUGCUGCCCUGGUCUGGAGCGUGUACGCUGUGGGUGCUCCUGGCACCAGCCACAUUGGACAGCUUCUGCUCCUGAGGAGGUUCUGUAGAUCACUGGCCAGGGCACAGAGAUAUACAGGCUGGCUCUGGGACAGAGGCCAGGAGUGAGCAGCAAACUGCCAUGGCCCACUGUGUCACUGCUCCCUAGCCACAGGUCUACCCGUUUAUCGCCUUAACUGGACCAGACAGAGAGGAUGCUUAUGAUCAGUUUGUUCUGACAUCAGGGAUUAUCUCCUGUACCAUUUUCAUAAAACAAACAAAACCAAAGUCACUACCAUCAAAUGGCCUUUGUCCCUUUAAAAAGUCUGUUUUUAAAAAUCAGUUUCACUUCGCCAGGUAAAUAGGAAUCAACUCCAGGAAGAUAGGCCAGGAAGGUCUGUAGUGUGACAUAAGUAUGCCCAGAUACUUACUCCCCAGGCAACUCUGCAUCUGUAGAGCCUCCUCUAAGGGGAAGGAUGCCUGGGGGUCCUGCCCUCAGUCCUCUGAGCCUUCGGUGCCUCACCUCUCCUGUUAAGAGGAUGAAGCAAACACAAGAUGAUCCCUUUGGCCUUUUAGAGUGGAAGUGCUAUGGUUUGUUUUGAAAGCCAGGAGGGCUGAAGUGUGUCUGAGCUCUGGGAGAGGGCACGUGAUAGCAGGCCUGGCCCUGCCAGCUCUUCCCAUCCAGGGUCUGGUUCAUUGGCAUCACAGAUCCUGGUCUAAGAUGCUGCUCCACUGUGGCCUUCUUCAGGCUGGACAGGCACCGUCCAGCCAUGGCCAGCCCCUGAAAAUAGGUCAGCCUGCUCUCUCUCUCCAUCUCCCAGGCUGCAUCCAGUCUGUGCCUGUGUCCACUGUGCCCCAAAGUGCGAUUACCCACACCCCUUCUCAGGCUGGUGAUGCCAAGCAACUACACACUGUCCCUCAGGGGAGCCGAGUCCUGGAGCCGGCCUGUCUGUGCCCCUUGGGAGCUGCCCAGCCAAGGGCCCUUGUCCCUGCCACCUUAGAGCAGAUGAGUAGUCAUCUGAGGAGCGGGAUAGAUUUUUAAGUCGGAUUUCUUCUCCUCUCCGUGAUGGAACCCUUCAUACUGGACUUGAAAGUCACUGAGACUUUCUGCUCAGAGAGGAAAGUGUGCUUAGGUAGGAAUAGCCUCUGGGCAGCCCACCUGUCAUGGCUGGCACCCCCUAAUGGCAAAGGUGCCUUUAUAGCCAUGACCGCUGUGUUGCUUCUGUGCCUGACCAAAUUCUCACAUGAAAUCCUCUUUUUUUUUCAGGAAGGCCUAAUGCCAUCUCAUCACUUCCACCAAGCUCCUAAAAAAAGCCUUCUGUCCCAGGACAGUCCAUCCCACAUCCUUUUUUCCUCUCUUGGGAUGGCACAUAGAUUCCCCCUUGCCUUCCUCUUCUCUCACAGAUUCUAGUUGAGCACCUCUGACCCCAUUCUUAGUUCUAGCUCUAAUCUCUACCACCCAGAGACUGACCUGGGAAGCCAGAAGCUCUGGAAAGGUGGUGCUGUGCUGCCAUCUAGUGAGGGCAGCGGAUUUGCCCAGUGUUCCUUUAGUCUGCAGCAGCUUGCCUUCUAGUUCUUUAGGGGCUAUUUAUUCCUGUUUCCCCUCAUUCUGCAUGUGGCUUUGGUGGGAGGACAACACUUGGCUGAACCAGAAAUGUGGGAUAACCUGGGGGUCUCAGGGGCAGGAGGGCUGGUACUUGGGGACUAGCAAGGGGGAGAGGGAAGUGGCAUCAGGGGUGUGGCCAGCCAGCCCUCUCUGAUUUGGCCUCUACUCCCUCAAAUUUAGUUUGGCUCUAUCGCUUUUGACUUUGGCUGUCAGCAGGAAUUUGAUUUUUAUGUCUGAGUUGAUUUUAGGAAAGCCUGAAAACUAUCAAAGAUCUCAUCCGGGUUCUGGGCCUCUACUCUCUCCUCCUUUUCUGCCUCAUUCCCACUCUUUUCAGUCUUCUGGGUCUAGUUUUCAGCCUUUCUGGCGUGCCCUACCUGGUUCCAGACAUGCAGGCCCCAGGCGGUGGGCCAGUUCAAGAGUCUCAGGUCGAGCCUGCCCAACUGGAGCUGCUUCUGCUGCCUGGUGGGUUGGCUGCAGGGCAUGAGGAGGCCUGGGAACAGCAGGGGUAAGGUCCACAAUGCUGUGCGUUUGGCCUAAUGCAGAGACACUUUCUGAAUAUUUUCCCUUUUGAAUCUGAUUUGAAAUAUGUAGCUUCCCUCUCUAGCCCAAGGAAAGACAGGAACAUAGGGAAAUAAAAGCAUUUAUCUUUGUUUUGGAAGUAAUUACGUUGUGCAGCUAUUUACCUAUUUAGAUGCAAUGUUUAUAGAGAGCUGAUUGUUAAUAAAAACCAAAUUUACACUGGCA